CCAGCAUUGUAGACAUUAUUGGUAGUCCGGCUGUUCUACUGGCGACUCGCAACAAGAGCACGGAUGGCCUGCAUGUGAAGUCCCCUGCACUACGGUUAGUGGACAAGCCCAAGUUGGCGGACACAUUCGAGGGUUUAGAGAACACUGUGACGUUCCUGAUAAACUAUAAGAGUAUUGACCAAACGGAGUUGAGACCACGGUCGUUUGCAGCAAAGGUGUCUCAAAAAUUCACCGAAGCGUUUGCGAAUGACGUUUAUAUCUAUAGUAUACGUGACAAAGAAACCUUCAAAAAUGAGACACUUGGCUAUUACAAUGCAUUAAAAAAUAACAUCAUGGAUACGCGCGGACGACCGGAGGAGUUACUGGCGACUCGCAACAAGCGCGCGGUGUGCGCGGAUUUUAACAGAACGGAGGACAAUACAGAACUGGGCCGUUUCUAG